UGUUGGGUCAGUCAGUGCGGCUUAAAACACUGAGACCUGCCUUUCGGGGAUGCCGCCACGUCUGGCCGACCGUCACUAAUUAAUUGGGCCAUUGUCUGAGGGCGCCGAUGCGCACUGGCGAUCGCCGCCAUUCUGGAAGUGUUCUGAUACUUUCCCUUUUCCGAUAAAGCACCGAAUCUCUGAGCAGGCUGCCCGCUUUCAUUAGGGAGGGACAGCUGAUGGAGCUGUGAUGUUCAGCCUGUAAGCGUGGAGACAGCUCAUCAAACUGGGGAGGAUCAAUGGAGCUGCGCUGAGGAGACGCGAUGUUGCCACCCUCAUAUCCUGUAACAUCCAUAAAAAUCCAUAAAACGUAAUACAUCCCAUGCGAAGGUUAGACUCAGACACUGUCCCCCGUCCUCCGCAGCUUUGCUGUCCAUCCUGGUGCAAGUGCAUGCAUGGACCUCAUUUUGUUUCCCUGCGUAAAGGAAGAUGCGGACGCCUGUCCACUUGAAGAUAAUGUAAAAUAUAUUUGACGUUGGAAGUACUUGACCAAAAACAGCAGUUUUGUACCCCAAAAGAGCAUUUUAAGAGACCUGUGAAAGCAGGGGGCUCUCACCAUGGUGCUGCCCUCUCCAGACAAGCGCCACGUGUGUCUCACCACCAUCGUCAUCAUGACCAGCAUGGCCUUCAUGGACGCCUACCUGGUGGAGCAGAACCAGGGCCCGCGGAAGAUCGGCGUGUGCAUCAUCGUGCUGGUGGGGGACAUCUGCUUCCUCAUCGUGCUACGCUAUGUGGCUGUGUGGGUGGGCGCUGAGGUCAAGACGGCCAAACGCGGCUACGCCAUGAUCCUCUGGUUCCUCUACAUCUUCGUGCUGGAGAUCAAGCUCUACUUCAUCUUCCAGAACUACAAGGCAGACCGGCGGAACCUGGAGACGGUGGCCCGCAAGGCCCUGACGUUGCUGCUGUCCAUCUGUGUGCCGGGCCUCUACCUGGUGCUGGUGGCACUGGACAGCAUGGAGUACAUCCGGACGUUCCGGAAGAAGGAGGACAUGCGUGGCCGCCUCUUCUGGGUGGCCCUGGACCUGCUGGACAUCCUGGACAUCCAGGCCAACCUGUGGGAGCCUCAGAGGACGGGGCUCCCGAUCUGGGCCGAGGGCCUGAUGUUCUUCUACUGCUACAUUCUGCUGCUGAUUCUGCCCUGCGUGUCGCUGAGCGAGAUCAGCAUGCACGGCGAGCACCUCUCCCCACAGAAGAUGAUGCUCUACCCGGUCCUCAGCCUGGUCACCAUCAACGUGGUCACCAUCCUCAUCCGCGCCGUCAACAUGGUGCUCUUCCAGGACAGCCGCGUCUCCACCAUCUUCAUCGGCAAGAACGUGGUGGCCAUCGCCACCAAGGCCUGCACCUUCCUGGAAUACCAGCGGCAGGUGAAGGAGUUCCCGCAGAACGCCAUCGCCAUGGAGCUGCAGCAGAACUCGGUCACCCACAACCAGGCCCUGCCCAACUCCACCACGCUGCCGCACGAACAGUCCCCCGCCCGCGAGAUCAUCGACACAUGACGAAGACGCCCCACGGGUCUGCCGCGUGCGCUGGCGACGUCAGGUCCUUCCCCUGUUUUUCCAGCUGGGUGGGGCCUGCUCUGUGCCCAAA